UGUCUUCGCUCUUGCCUCCGGUUCUGGGUGGGAGGAACGUUGUUCUAUUUCAUUAUAUUUUAACACAAUUUUUUUAAUAGUUUUAUAUAAGAAAUGUGGUUUAUGUAUUUGCUCAGUUGGCUGUCCCUGGUGAUACAAAUCACAUUUGUCACAUUAGCAAUUGCGGCAGGUCUGUACUACCUGGCAGAGCUAAUAGAGGAAUACACUGUAGCAACCAGCAGAAUCAUCAAGUACAUGAUAUGGUUCUCCACGGCGGUGCUGGUCGGGCUCUACCUGUUCGAGGGAUUCCCAGCAGUGAUGAUCGGUGUGGGGCUCUUCACAAACCUUGUCUACUUUGGCCUGCUGCAGACCUUCCCCUACAUCUUGCUCACCUCGCCCAACUUCAUACUAUCCUGCGUGCUGGUCGUUGUCAAUCACUAUAUGACAUUCCAGUUCUUCGCAGAGGAAUACUACCCUUUCUCUGAGGUCCUGGCGUACUUCACGAUCUGCCUGUGGGUAAUACCCUUCUCUUUCUUCGUGUCGCUGUCAGCCGGGGAGAAUGUGCUUCCUUCCACAGUGCAGCACGGGGAUGACGUGGUGUCAAACUACUUCACCAAAGGAAAGAGAGGCAAGCGCUCUGGAAUACUGGUCAUAUUCUCAUUCCUGAAAGAGGCAGUGCUGCCCAGCCGGCAGAAAAUGUACUGAGAGGAGAGGAGAGGAGGGGAGGGGAGGGCAGGUAUAAGAAACAAGGAAGAAAAAAAAAAAACACCACAUUGCUUUUUGCACAUCUGCGCUCCAUGAAGAGAAGAAGAAUUUAAGGGAAGGAGAAAGAAGAAUAAAAAGGACCCUGGUUGUUGGCUUUGGACUUUUCCUUUUUUUUUAUUUGAAUAGGAAUCCUGUCACUUUGAGAAUCCAGAGCAGAGAGGAGUAAGGAGCAGACCCGCUGCCCACCAGUGCGUCUCCUCAUGAAUGAUUUGGGAAUAACUGUCAUUGUUUCUUUAGUUUGUUUUGUAUCCCUGUUCUUGCAGUCCCAUGGGGGGAUCUCUGCUUUACUGAUGGAAAUGAAAAAGCAGAUCUGUUAAAAAUCCGAAGGAAUAGACAAGGCGCUGUUAGCAAAUAAUAAUAAAAAAAAUUCUAAAAAAGACAAACAAGGAAUGAAAAUUAAGUCAGUGUGUUUGUCUGUUUGGUAUGAAUUUAUUUCUUAUCUGUAUUUUUUUAAUAUGUAUUUUUUACAUUCAUUUUGGACCAGGGUUAGAGUCCAUUCCAUAUCCAUUUCCCAUUCCCUUUCAAUCAAUUCCAGCACAUCACUGAUCAAAAUUGCAAUCUGCAGCAUUUGGUUAAAAUGAGCUUCUCACAACAGUGUCAACACAUUACUUCAAUUGAAAGCAGUUGAACAGUCACUGAAAUUCUGUUUCUUAAAUAUCAAUUCCAAUUCCUUUUGAAGGAGUUUGAAUUAUGAAUUGAUCUUAAAUUGGAAUUGAAAAGCAGGAACUGAUACUGUGGAUGUGAGAUUUGGCUUUGGCUUUGGGGUUUAGCUUCACUCUAAAGAUGACAGAAUGAUUGGGGAUUGAUGGUUAUAGUCUGCUAAGCCCUGCUCACUGUCACAUUCUGAGUGGAGGUCCCUGGAGAAAUGUCUGGAUUUGUUGCUUUGGUGUCAGUGGUAGAUUUGAUAUUACUGGAAAUGUGCCACAUUGGGACUGAUCACAGUAAAUUAAUUUUACAGUUUCAGUGUUGGGUAUAUUAGACUUGCUUUGAAAUAAUGCCAUCAAGCUGCGACAAUGAAAGGCUGUUAACCAUUAAACUAAAAGUUUUGACUCCACUAAAAUAUGUUUUUCAACAUUUCGGGUGUCCAGUUUCCCACCUUAUAGACCCACCCGUGUCUACUGUAAAAUGUUUCUAUCACUUGUAUCUGUUAGAAAAUGUUUCCCAAUAUGAGAGCCUCAGUAAAAUCAAAGCCAUUUGCAGACUUUACCCUAAAGUUGAAGUCUUCAAUGAAUGUAACAUUCACAUUGUUGGAGGGGGUACAUUUUUCAAAAGUAUAGCUCUGCUUUCUUUUUAUUCAUGAGUUUAUAUUACACAAAUAUGAACAUUUGUUUUUGUUUCUUUAACAACAAUCAAAAUAAGCUCUAAAAAAAAACAAAAACACACCAAUUGUAGUGCGCAUAGUUACUUCACACAUAGGGAGCCUGUGUGUAAUGAAGGGUGGGCUCUGUCAAAGGUUAGAGACGCACUGGGUCUAUGUUGAAGGUUGGUGAAACGCUGGCUUUGUUGAAGGUUGGUGAAACGCUGGCUCUUGUUGAAGGUUGGUGAAACGCUGGCUCUGUGUUGCAGGUUGGUGAAACGCUGGCUCUGGGUCAGGUUGGUGAAACGCUGGCUCUGAGUCAGGUUGGUGAAACACUGGCUCUGGGUCAGGUUGGUGAAACACUGGCUCUGAGUCAGGUUGGUGAAACGCUGGCUCUGGGUCAGGUUGGUGAAACACUGGCUCUGAGUCAGGUUGGUGAAACGCUGGCUCUGUGUUGAAGGUUGGUGAAACGCUGGCUCUGUGUUGAAGGUUGGUGAAACGCUGGCUCUGUUGAAGGUUGGUGAAACGCUGGCUCUGUGUUGAAGGUUGGUGAAACACUGGCUCUGGGUCAGGUUGGUGAAACACUGUCUCUGUUGAAGGUUGGUGAAACACUGGCUCUGUGUUGAAGGUUGGUGAAACACUGGCUCUGGGUCAGGUUGGUGAAACGCUGGCUCUGUUGAAGGUUGGUGAAACACUGGCUCUGGGUCAGGUUGGUGAAACGCUGGCUCUGUGUUGAAGGUUGGUGAAACGCUGUCUGUGUUGAAGGUUGGUGAAACACUGCCUCUGGGUCAGGUUGGUGAAACGCUGGCUCUGUGUUGAAGGUUGGUGAAACACUGGCUCUGUUGAAGGUUGGUGAAACGCUGGCUCUGUUGAAGGUUGGUGAAACGCUGGCUCUGUGUUGAAGGUUGGUGAAACACUGGCUCUGGGUCAGGUUGGUGAAACGCUGGCUCUGGGUCAGGUUCGUGAAACACUGUCUCUGGGUCAGGUUGGUGAAAUGCUGGCUCUGUGUUGAAGGUUGGUGAAACGCUGGCUGUGUCGAACGUUGGAGAAGCAGUGCUCCAAGGCAUGCAUGCUUCUUCAGCAUCUCCAGGGCAAGGUUUUGUCUCCUCCCCGGAGCAUGUGGAUCUGGACAUGGCUGUCUGUCCCCUGCAGGAGGACAGGGACUCCAUAAAGCCACACUGCCCUGGGCUCUCCUCAAAGAGCCUUUCCAGUCUGACCCCAGGGGGUUGGUGGGAUUGGUGCUGGAAAAUUAAGAGGGGGUUGAAUCUUUUGUAAUUUUUACAGCAUUGGAAAAAAAAAAAAAAAAAAAAAGUCUUGACCUUGGUGUCCACAUAGCUAGUUACACCCAUGCGUGGGAGUGAGUGAGUGCUUAGAUGGGACAGAGUGCUGAGUAGUAUAUAGGGGCUCCAGAACUCCUUCCCUGUGUGUAGAGGGUAGCACACUAGCCUGCUAAGAAAGGAGAACGGAAGGGCAAACUGAACGCUGUUCUCUGAGAAACAAAUCAUUUACUCGUUCUACCUGGAACUAAGUUGUUUCCUGCGUUUUAUAUUACUGUAUUCCUUUUUUUAAAAAAAAAAAAAAAAAAAAACAA